AUGGAUUUUAUGAACAAAAUCUUUACCAGGUUCCAUCACAUCAGGACACGACAGAUGAGUGUACGCAAAGCGUCCUUAAAUGUUGCAGAAAUUAAACGUUCGUCUGGGCAACAAGGAAGGACUGAUGCUGACCUAGAACUAAAAAUCCGAUGGAGCUUGGAUAUUAGAGAUGCCAGUGCAAGUGGUCAGGAUCUACAGGCCGUUUGGGGCCUUUUCCGUUCCCACCAAAAUUGUACGGAUCCUUCAGACCAAGACCUGAAAGUACCGGUUGGUGAUUAG